AUGGAGGGGCACUUCGGCCAGGAGCCCGAGCAGGGCAUGGUGCUGAAGAACGGACUUAAGGAGGGCAAGGAGGGCAAAGACUCGCAAGGCAAGAUCUCCAAGACCUUCCUGAAGGAAGCGCCAGAGUCCUUCUCUCCGUCCAGCGCUAGCGACACCUGUGAGAAGAACCGCUCCGUCACCGGCGACCCCGACUACUGCCGCCGCAUACUAGUGCGAGAUGCCAAAGGGUCGAUCCGAGAGAUUAUUCUGCCGAAGGGUCUGGAUCUGGACCGACCCAAGCGCACCAGAACCUCCUUCACGGCCGAGCAGCUCUACCGGCUGGAGAUGGAGUUCCAACGCUGUCAGUACGUGGUGGGGAGGGAGCGGACCGAGCUAGCACGCCAGCUCAACCUGUCCGAGACUCAGGUAAAGGUGUGGUUCCAGAACCGGCGCACUAAGCAGAAGAAGGACCAGGGGAAGGACACGGAGCUGCGCUCGGUGGUGUCGGAGACGGCGGCCACGUGCAGCGUGCUGCGCUUGCUGGAGCAGGGCCGGCUGCUGACCAACCCUGGACUCCCGGGGCUGCUGCCGCACUGCGGCUCGGCCCUGCGCGGCCCCUCCAUGGGCCUGGGCGUCGGGGUCGGGGUCGGGGUCGGGGUCAGCGUCUCCACGGCGACCGGCGGGGGCAGCGGGUGUGGGAGCGGCGGGUCGAGCUCCAGCUCCGGGUCCAGCAGCAGCGUUGGCACCUCGUCCAGUGCCAGUCCUCCUCCGCUGCCCCCCGUCACUAGCACCAGUGCGGCCAUCGCCGCCGCCGUCUCGGGCAUGCAGGGCUCGCCAGCGGGCGCAGCUCACCACCCCCCCCACCACCCGCCGCACCCCCACCCGGGCAUCUUCGGCUUCCCCAUGCCCUCUCUGCUGGGCACGGUGUCCGGGCGCAUGUCCUCCACGCCGCUGGGCAUGGCAGGCUCGCUGGCCGGCAACCUGCAGGAACUCUCGGCCCGCUACCUGAGCUCGUCCGCCUUCGAGCCGUACUCGCGGACCAACGGCAAAGAGGCGCUGGACAAGAAGGCUCCGGAAUGAGCCGGAAUAACUCUCCGUUUCGCUGUGUUGGGUUUUUUUUUUUAUGAUUCAUUAUGGGCUGUUCCUCUUUUGCUUUGUUUAUUUAGAUUUUUUUUUAUUUCUAAGUGAAGGGGCGGGUGUGUGUGUGUGUGUGUGUAUGUGUGUGUGUGUGUGUUUUCUAUCUCUCUCUGUGAAUCCCGC